GUCCGCCAUGACAAGGCGGAGGAUGAGGAGUUCGCAGCGGAGUUCGAGGAGGCGCUCCAGGUGCCAGAUCAGGAUCCCAAGUUCACCCCGAGCUUCGGUGAGCACGCGCGCGUGGGCGGCGUGGCGUACGAGGACAUGGUCGCGCCCAACCACUACCAGGUCUUGACGACGUGGGGCAAGACGCCGAAACAGAUGCGCCUCAAGCCGCUCAGUUGGACUUCCCGCACUGGUGAGAAGGUCACAGUCUACCCGCUGAAGGAGACCGAGGAUUCGUGGCUACGCAUCCGCAUGUUCAGUGAGAUCGCCGACGCCAGCCAGACGAAUAUCAUGACAGACGUGAGCGGCUUGAUGGACCCGCAGAUGGGGCGCGUGAUGGCGGCGCGGCUCUCGGACAAGAACAAUGAGAAGGCAGCGUUCUCGACGUUUCGUUUGGCCACCCUUAGCACUGUCAACGAGGGGUCGAGGCAGCUGGGCGGCAACGAGAUCCCCCUCCCGCUUCGCAGCUCAGGCGGGUCUGCGGCCGCCGCCGCCUCCGCGCAACCACAGCAGCGGGGCGUCGCCCUCCCACUUCGGGAGAGAGGCCGCCAGUCUGGCGCAUCAGCGGCUGCUGCAAGUGGAUCCGCGCUGGCCCUCGAGGAUGGUUCGCUCGCCGCUGAUGCUGAUGGGAUCGAUGGCGAAGAGCCCGACGAUUGCGACCUCGUAUCGAGUGACGAAGCGGCAGCCGCGCCAGCUCGCCCAGCGCCCUCGCCGCCGAUGGGCUCGCUGACCCCGUGCGGCGGCAGCCGCGGUCGGUCCUCGACGCCAGCUGCUGCUCGCUUGGGCCGCAGAGGCCGCCAGGGCUCAGCCUCCCAGCUGGAGCCCAGCAGCGAUUCCAAGAAGGGCGCGACCUCCCAGAAGCAAGUGUUUGACAAGAGGACGCCUGAGUAUUGGAUCCAGCAGACCGACGUCGCGAGCAUCAUGGCGGGCGGCAAACCAGGUCAGGGCCCUAACCAAUUGGAGGCGCUCCAGGAGAAAUGUGCAGAAGGAAAGCGCCCCGCCAUCAGAGCCCACCUGGAGCUGGUCAAUGCCGCGAAGGAGGUGGCCAGGAUGAGUGCGGUGGAGGAGACGAGCGUGCACGCGCACCUGGACAGGCUGAAGACUGCCGUUGGCGCUCUGCCAGCGAGCGCCUGCGUUAAAGUUCUCACCCGGGCGCCGACUAAGCAUCGGAAGCAGUUGCUCUCAGAGCCCCCCAGCGUCGAAGGCCUCAUCAAAUACAUGUCGAUGUUCCGCCUCUGGAAGGGCCCCGCGAAAGACAAUGACUUCGACCACCGCGCCCCAGCGUUGAUGACAACGGGCGCCCCUGCACAGGAGGCUUGCAAAGUAUUCUUCGAUGAGGUGAUCGUGGAAUUCUUGGCGCCGCUCAUCCUCGGUGACGCGCCCAAGGAGGAGACAGUCAUGGAGCUCGCGCGGUGCGGUCAGCAGGCCUUGGCACUCCCAGAGUUCGCAGAGAUCGACGACGACUGCGCUGAGGCCAUCGUUACGGCGCAGCAGCUCUUCAGCGCCGUGAUCGCGUUGACUUGUAGGACGGUCGCCAAGAACGCCGCAGUCGACGCGUGCGACGACAUCCAGAACCUGGACGCCUCCACCGCCACGGGUGUCACCACUGUUUGGACACAGGUGGGCGCUGCGAUCCAGGAGUCUCCGCGCUGGAACAUGCCCCGCACCACCGUUGCGAAGUCAAUCAAGGCAUUGAAAGAGGUAGCGCCCUUGAUCGCGAAGGACAUUGCUUCGUGGGAGUCCAUCUCGGCCACGAGGGCGCUCGAGGACGUGCCCAACAAGGCGCUCGCGUUGACCAACAGGCUGCCUCAAUGCAUUGCUCGACUUGGGGGCGAAGCGGUUGAGGACCUGGAGGCGAGCGCCAUUACCACUAGCAUGAAGAUGACGGACAUGCUCAUGAAGAGGGACUUCGACGGCGAUGCGAGCACAGACGACUCGAGGUACAUUAGCUCGAUGAAGUCGUUCAAGUCCGUCGCCGAGGAGGCAUUCAACAUCUGCAAGUCCAGCGACUCCUUGGCCACGCUGCUGAAGACCAUCGACGACCGCAUCAGGGAGUUCAGCGUGAAGCUGCAGUCCGACGACUUGUCCGCCACCUUUGAGGGGUUCAUCAAGGAGGACUUCAACCCCGCGAAGCUCGCAGCGGAUCUCAAGUUGUACCAGCACGUCAACAAGGACAGCGCGACGCUUCAGAAUUUGGCGGUGGAUGUUUGGAAGAAGCUAGUCACUGACACUGCCGUGCAGGGCGUGAAUCCUGACGCCUUCGAUGAUAUCGAAGCCGUUGCCAAGAUGCUGGUGGUUCUCUGCGACGCGGACGCCCAGGGGAGGAUCUCUACGAAUAUGUCGGUGAUCAGGCACACGGUCAACGUCCGCAAGACUUGGGUCAGGCUGAUUGGCAAUGCUGAAAACUACUCCGAGGCGGUUGACAGCGACAAGACUGAGAAACUUUGGAAGGCAUUCCAGAAGUCUAUUGUGGAUUACGAUACGUUCGUUGCGUCGCAGUGUACUCCUGAGGAGCUCGAUUCACUCAUGAAGGCGACCGGCAUUGAGUUCCAUGAGAACGCCACCAAGUUCAUCGACCAGGCGAAGGGCGUGAAGGCCGACAUCGUAGUGAUCAAGGUGUCGGACGGGAUGGUGCAAUUCAAGAAGUGGUGCACGCGCGUGAAGGACGAGUCGAGCUGGGGCGAGAUCUCUGCACUUGGAGCCGAACUCCAGGGUAUUGAUUACCAGCCGCUCUACGAUGGCAUCGACAUGCUGUUGCAGGCGCAGCGAGACAACGACGCUUUGACAAAUCAGACGGGGGUCCAGGCGGUGAGCACGUGCAAGGCGAAAGCUCGUGCAUAUGGUGAUGAUCUAGACGAUGUGGUCAUCGGUCAGAUAGACGAUUUCAAGACCAGCGUUGUUUCACGUGCCGCCUCCAUGGAGAUCGUUGCGAAGCUCACCGACAGCAAGCGGAUUCCAAACAAGGUGUUCAUGCGCACAGCGUGCUCCAAGGUCGGCAGCACCCUUCGCAAGUACGAGGUUCCCAGUUAUAAGAUCCACCCAGAGAUCGCGACCAGGGUGAAGCAGGCAAUGACUUUGCAGUUCAAAGGGUGA